AAAUAAUAAUUAGGUCACUCUUUUUGCUGUAUCAGACUCAGACAACUUGUACUCUCCUAAACUGUGAGAAAAUACAAAAUUCAAAAAACCAUUUGAAUCUCCUCUCACAACACAACAACAUCAAUUUCAAGCUCUGUUUCAAUGGAAACACUGAAUAAGAAUCCAUCUGUUAGAAGAAAAAGCAAGCUAGCAAGAACGUUCCAGAAGGUAUGCAGCCUGAGGACGACGUCGACGAAGGUCUCCUCCAUGUCGAAGCCCCAUAACCCAAACUUCUACGACGAGGAUGACGACGGAGACUACGUCUUCGAUCUGAAGAGUCCUUCGAGCAGCAGGAGUGGAGAGCGACGGAGAGCGGUUUUAGAGGCGGUGGUUGCCAAGAUCUUCGCCAGCACGACUUCUAUUAAAGCCGCGUACGUAGAGCUUCAGAUGGCGCAGCAUCCUUACGACAACGCUGCGAUACAAGCGGCGGAUACGGCGGUGGUGGAGGAGCUUAGAGCGUUAUCGGAGCUGAAACAGAGUUUUCUAAGGAAGGAGCUGAAUCUUUCUCCGCAAGUGGCGAUUAUGCUCGCUGAGAUUCAGGAGCAACAGAGCUUGAUGAGGACGUAUGAUAUCACAAUCAAAAAGCUCGAAUCGGAAGUUACUGAGAAGCAAUCAAGAAUCGAUUCGUUAAAAACAAAUCUCGAAGGAAGCUCAUCGUUCAACAAAUCGCUGGAGAAGAAGCUCACGGCGAGUGGAUCAGUCUUUCUGUUUUCGAAUUUGAAUUUAAGCCACUUCGUUCAGAUUCUAGGGUUUACAUUGAGAUCCGUAAGAGCCUUCGUUAAAUCGUUAGUGAAGGAGAUGGAAUCGGCGAGGUGGGAUCUCGACGCCGCCGCUUCCGCCGCAGUCCGAAACGCAUCCACUGUCUUCGCAAUGCCGAGCCACCGUUGCUUCGCGUUUGAGUCCUUCGUCUGCGGGAAAAUGCUGGAGAAUUUCGAAUCUCCCAGCUUCGCGUUACCUAAGGUCGACGAGAAACGGAGCCGUGAGGAAUACUUUAACCUAAGAUCCGUCGACCCGAUUCAGUACUUGACCCGAAACCCGGGUUCCUCCUUUGCGAGGUUUGUUCUUCAUAAGUACUUGAGCGUUAUAGACGCGAAGAUGGAGUGUUCCUUCUUCGGGAACUUGAACCAGAGGAAGCUGGUUAACUCGGGCGGGUUUCCGGAUUCGGGUUUCUUCGCAACCUUCUGUGAGAUGGCUAAACGGAUCUGGCUUCUGCACUGCUUGGCGUUUUGUCUCAGCGAAAACGUCAAGGUGUUUCAGAUCAAAAGAGGAUGUAGAUUCUCUCUAGUGUACAUGGAGAGCGUGAAAACUGGUGACCAGUCUCUCGUCUCCGGCGAUAAUGCGGAUAUCCGGGUCGGGUUCACGGUUGUUCCCGGGUUUAAAAUUGACCAUGACGUGAUACAGAGCCAGAUUUACUUAUCUCCGAUGGCCGGUUUUCAUCUCCCCCGUUCAUGAAAAGAUGACAAACACGUUGUCUUUUGACACGCCGGCGAAAUAAAAGAGCGGUGGCGCGUGUAAAAGGAAUGGUGGGACCUGUUUUGGAAGGCGUAAGACAAUGUGAGCGGUGUUAGAAAAUGGCGGGAGGGAUCUCACCAAUGAUUUAGUUAGUGACACACUGACACUGUGACAGAAAAUGAUCAAUGAGAAUUUUAUUUUGUUUAAAGUUUUAGAUUAUAAAACGCAGCACAGUAGAAUGCCAUGAGUUGGUCGGACCAUGCAUGUAAAUAUCUUUG